GGUGAUAUUUCAGCUCAUAAUAGUGAUAGCACUAGAGGAGGAAGAAUGCGUAGAAUCAAUUCUAUGGAUGUGAUGGAGAACUGGGCUGCUCAUCAAAAGGAAAAGAAAUUCUACAUUGUGUUAAUAAGCCUCCAUGGCUUGAUACGCGGUGAAAACAUGGAGCUUGGUCGUGAUUCUGAUACAGGUGGCCAGGUCAAGUAUGUUGUGGAACUUGCCAGGGCCUUGGGUUCAAUGCCUGGAGUUUAUCGCGUUGAUUUACUAACAAGACAAGUUUCAUCUCCAGAUGUGGAUUGGAGUUAUGGGGAACCAACUGAAAUGUUGAAUCCAGUAAACUCUGAGAAUCCACAAGAGGAGCUUGGGGAGAGUACUGGGGCUUAUAUAGUGCGUAUACCAUUUGGCCCAAAAGAUAAAUACGUUCCCAAAGAACUCCUUUGGCCACACAUUCCUGAGUUUGUAGAUGGAGCACUUAACCAUAUUAUACAGUUGUCCAAAGCUCUUGGAGAGCAAAUUGGAGGUUGUUUACACUUCUACUUUACACUUCUACUUUCUAAGAUUCUAGAUUUAUCCGACUUUUCUGGCAAUUUACACUUCUACCACAUAUUCUAA